CGAGGCUACAACGCGUAGCGUGCUAAGUUCCCACUCACAUCAUCAACUGCAGGAGCCCCGCGUCUCUGACCGCCUCCGCGCCGACGCAAAAAUGAAAGCAACACAAGGCGGUCACUUGUCGUACUUUUCCUUCCUUCGGCAGCACGUGAUUGGUCCGGUGGUCGCGGCUGUGAGCGUGUGGGGGUUUUGCUUGCUGCUCUCCCUGUAUCUGUGGCGAUCCAUCGGGGACGAG